AUGUCAACAUAUGAUGAUUAUGCCAAAUUAUUCAAUUUGGAUUCAACACCAGUUGAACAAAGCUCAAUUACAUCAAGUACUACAUAUUUUACAAUAUUUUUAAUAUUAAUAUCAUUUAGUUUCUUAUCAAUGACUUUAUUAGGCGAUAUUAAAAAUAAGUCAUUUAUAACAUAUUUAAUUAAUUCAAUAGUUACUUCUAUAUGUGUUGGUUUAACAGUUAUAUAUGUUUCAAACUAUGUUGGUGUGUAUAUUUAG